UUCCUCUUUCCAUUCCUUCGCCUCUUUCUCUCUACUCUUUACUUAGCUGUACGCUGCUACAGCCUUCAUUUCCAACACAUUGCUUCACCAAAAUCCCAAACACCAUGUUUUCCCUAAACGGAAGCACCUCUCCGAGUAUUGCUGUUUACGGCGAUUCGAGGAGUUUGAUUUGGAGAAGGAUCGGAGCUCCGUUGGCGGUGGCGGCUGCGGCGAGCUCGAAUCGAAAACCGGGAGAUGGUAAUGUCGUGUUGAUGGAGAGCAAUUUGAAUGGGAUGAGAGGGAAUUCUCCCGCGGCUAAGUCGCCGGUGACUGAAAAGGACUUGAAAUCCGCCGGUGGUGAUGGCGUGGAGGAUUUCUACGGUGAGGACCAGCACGUCACGCCGUGGGCUGUCACCGUUGCCAGUGGAUAUCCGCUGUUGCGUGAUCCCCGCUACAAUAAAGGCCUUUCCUUCAAUGAGAAAGAGAGAGACGGGCACUUUUUACGCGGUCUACUGCCUCCGGUGGUCAUAAGCCAAGAUCUCCAGGUUAAAAAAAUAAUGAACAACAUUCGCCAAUAUGACGUACCGUUGCAAAGGUACAUGGCCAUGAUGGAUCUUCAGGAGAGAAACGAACGACUGUUUUACAAGCUCCUGAUUGACUAUGUCGAGGAGCUGCUGCCAGUCGUCUAUACUCCAACAGUAGGUGAAGCAUGCCAAAAAUAUGGAAGCAUUUUCAGGCAGCCUCAGGGUCUUUUCAUCAGCCUGAAAGAGAAGGGAAGGAUACUCGAAGUAUUGAAAAACUGGCCUGAGGAGAAGAUUCAAGUCAUUGUCGUGACAGAUGGUGAGCGAAUUUUGGGAUUAGGAGACCUCGGGUGCCAGGGAAUGGGGAUACCGGUAGGAAAGCUCUCCUUGUAUACAGCUCUCGGUGGUAUCUGUCCUUCUGAGUGCUUGCCCGUGACGAUUGAUGUGGGCACAAAUAAUGAGCAGUUGCUGAACGAUGAGUUUUAUAUCGGACUUAGAAGGAAAAGAGCUACAGGCCAGGAGUAUGCUGAGCUUAUGGAUGAGUUCAUGUGUGCAGUGAAGCAGAUUUACGGAGAGAAAGUCAUCAUUCAGUUUGAAGACUUUGCAAAUCACAAUGCUUUUGAUCUCCUUGCUAAGUAUGGAUCCACACAUCUUGUGUUCAAUGAUGAUAUUCAGGGUACAGCAUCAGUGGUCCUUGCAGGGCUGAUGGCAGCACUUAAGUUAGUCGGAGGAACCUUGGCUGAUCACUCAUUCUUAUUCCUUGGAGCUGGAGAGGCUGGUACUGGUAUAGCAGAUCUCAUAGCUCUUCAGAUAUCAAAACAGACUGGUGUCCCAUUGGAAGAGGCUCGUAGAAAGAUUUGGCUCGUGGACUCGAAAGGGCUGAUUGUCCGGUCUCGUAUCGGUUCACUUCAACAUUUUAAGAGGCCCUGGGCUCAUGAACACAAACCUGUCAAUAACUUUUUAGAUGCUGUGAAGGCUAUUAAACCAACAGUGCUAAUAGGAUCGUCGGGAGCAGGAAGAACUUUUACGAAGGAAGUGGUUCAGGCCAUGGCAUCAUAUAAUAAGAAACCUGUUAUUCUUGCGCUUUCUAACCCGACGUCGCAGUCUGAAUGUACUGCUGAGGAAGCUUACACGUGGAGUGAGGGCCGAGCCAUUUUUGCUAGUGGCAGCCCCUUUGCUCCGGUUGAAUACAACAACAAACUCUAUGCUUCUGGCCAGUCAAACAAUGCCUACAUCUUUCCCGGAUUUGGUCUCGGUUUGCUAAUUUCUGGAGCAAUUCGCGUACAUGAUGACUUGCUUCUGGCUGCAUCGGAAGCAUUAGCAGCACAGGUUAGCCAAGAGAACCUAGAAAAGGGACUCUUAUAUCCACCAUUUGCGAACAUUAGAAAGAUUUCAGCUCAAAUAGCAGCCAAAGUAGCAGCUAAAGCAUAUGAGCUCGGGCUGGCCACUCGACUACCUCAACCAAAAAACCUGGUAGAAUGUGCAGAAAGCUCUAUGUACAGCCCCCGAUAUCACAACUAUCGGUGAACUGAUGGAAGAAAGCCCUAAACUGGAUGCCAUAUUCACAUCCAACACUAUUUUUUAUUCAUAUUAUUUCGUGGCCGAUUUUUUCUUCUAACAAAGCUCUAUUGCUGCCCACUGAAUUCAGCAGUGAGUUUCAUGAAGACACUAGAACUAGGUGCUUGAACAACUUAACAUGUCGAAUGCUGAAACUAAUAUAUUAUUACAGUUAAGAUUAAGAUGUGUUUCCUGGAUCUAAUCUGGGAUGCAUACCUACUA